UAUCAAAGCCGCGAAAAAAAAACAAUGGCUGCUACUCGCACUUGCUAUGCUCAAAACCCUACUUCUGCAACGACGGCUUGCCGGAGGAAGCACAGUCCACCGGAGUUUCGAUCCACCCACUACGACGGAGGCGGAGGAACAGAAUCGCGGUCGUGUUGUACGGCGGCAGAGUUGCCGGUGGCGAAUAGCAAACUGGUGAUGGGGCAGGUGAAGAUCCUCAAGCGCGGCGAGACGUUGAGCGAGUUUAAGGAGAAGGAGCGAAGCCUUGAUCGCGACAGUUCGAGUAAGAGUACGAGUACGAGACGAGUAAGCCUUGAUCGCGAUAGUACGAGUUCGAGACACUCUGCUAUGAGGAAGAACGAGGCGAGUUUUGAGGAUAUCGAUUUGAAUUUGGGUUCGACCGGUAGAAUCGGACCGGAUCCGGGUACGAUGACGCAGCAGAUUAGGGCUUGUAGAGGAUUUAAGAUCGCUGUCGAGGGUUUCGCCGGAGCUCUCUGCUCGGUUUCGCCGGCGCCGAGUUCUGUCCCUAUACCGGGAUUUUUAGAGAAGAAGAGCAAGUUUCCGUGUAUAUGAGUUCUUAUCAAAGAUAGAAGGAAGAAUCUGGAACUUGAACCAUCUCUUUUGGCCAAGUCUUUAGUGUUUGAUCGGAAGUUGAGGGAUCCUGGGAGGGGAAACCAUGGUGUUUCCCUCUAGAAGAAUCCAUGGUUGUCUUAGAAUAUUACUGCAUUAAACCUUGAUCCUCCAUGCUCGCAUGUGUAUUGAAAGUUCGGUGCAUUGUUCUGCACAUGAAUCUUCAGCAAUGGCUUACAGUGUCUGCAAAAUCACGGUGUUGCCAUUGAACAGGCAUUGGCUAUGGCUUUAUAUGGGUUGUUUCUUGAUGUAAUUCUUAGGACUCUUAUGCUUCUUCAUUGCAGAUCUUCUUACAUCAUUUAGGAAUAAAACCUUGCUUCAGUUCUAAUUCAAUUUCUUGCUCGGAUUCUGCUUUAGCUGAUAAUGUGAUCGAGUCUCUAGAGGGAAUAUCUCACUCGACACUGCCCAGCCAAGGGAUCCCCCCAUAACCAGCCGAAGAGGCAAAUGAAUAUGACCACCA